AGGUAGGAGAAGGAGAAUCGGGAUGCGCAGUCGUAUCAGAGCAGUGACUUAUCCACGACGUGGUCUGUCGAGCGGUCGAGUCGCGAUCACUUUAUCUCGCGAUCGACGCGACCGAGCAGUAGUGAGAAUCGAUCGACAAUCGGCAUCAGAUUUUUCACGCAACAAUCCGCCGUUAUCUAUUUAAGCGUGUCCGUGAAAUAAAUGUAAUUUCGUUAGCUUUCUACCAAUUUUGACAGUGUCCGGUGAACAGUGUUAUCGACUGACGUUCCAGCAACAGUUGCACGCGUUGUCAACCCUACCGUAUGAUAGUGUUCGAUCUCGCCCACCGUUCUAUUUGUGUUCCACUAGGAUCAAAGAAAGAGAACCGUACAUUAACUAUAGCACGAAAUGUUCAGUUGGUUAAACCGGGAGGAGAACCGCAGGCAAGAUGUGUUUGAAAAUGUCACGAGUGGCCUUAAAAGAAUAUACAAAUCCAAACUGCUGCCUCUCGAGCAGCAAUAUCAGUUUCACGAUUUCCAUUCGCCCCAACUCGACGAUCCAGACUUCGAUGCGAAACCUAUGAUCCUGUUGGUGGGUCAAUACUCCACUGGCAAAACUACCUUCAUCAAGUAUUUGCUCGAACGAGAUUUCCCUGGAAUAAGAAUCGGUCCUGAACCAACGACAGAUCGAUUCAUUGUAGUUAUGUACGACGAGAACGAGGGUGUCAUUCCUGGGAAUGCUUUAGUCGUCGAUCCUAGUAAACAAUUUCGUCCACUUUCCAAGUUUGGGAAUGCAUUUCUUAAUAGAUUUCAAUGCUCCGUGGUACAAUCUCCUGUUCUGAGAGGAAUAACCAUAGUCGACACACCCGGUAUCUUGUCUGGAGAAAAACAAAGAGUUGAUAGAGGCUACGACUUUACCGGAGUUCUGGAAUGGUUUGCAGAAAGAGUCGACAGAAUUAUAUUGUUAUUCGAUGCACACAAACUUGACAUUUCCGAUGAAUUUAGAAGAUCUAUAGAAGCAUUACGCGGUCAUGACGAUAAAAUUAGAAUAGUCCUAAACAAAGCAGACAUGAUCGAUCAUCAGCAACUUAUGAGAGUGUACGGAGCAUUGAUGUGGUCUCUAGGAAAGGUUCUUCAGACUCCCGAAGUAGCUAGAGUAUACAUUGGAUCAUUUUGGGACCAGCCAUUAAGAUACUUUGUAAAUAAGAGGUUAUUCGAAGACGAGGAACAAGAUUUGUUCAAGGACUUGCAAUCGUUGCCGAGGAACGCAACACUUAGGAAACUCAAUGAUUUGAUUAAACGUGCGCGACUAGCAAAGGUACAUGCAUACAUUAUCAGUGCCCUGAGAAAAGAUAUGCCUAAUAUGUUUGGCAAAGAUACAAAAAAGAAGGAACUUAUAAAAAAUUUAGGUCAAAUUUACGAUCAAAUACAAAGGGAGCAACAAAUUUCACCUGGCGAUUUCCCAGAUUUAAAAAAAAUGCAAGAAUGUUUAGCGCAUCACGAUUUUACUAAGUUCUCUUCUAUAAAGCCCAAAUUGUUGGAAGUAGUCGAUAAAAUGCUCGCCGAAGAUAUCGCAAAACUCAUGGCCAUGAUACCGCACGAGGAAGUGGGUACAACGUCAGAGUCGCUCGUCAAAGGCGGCGCAUUCGAAGGCGUCGAAGAUCAAAUAAGUCCAUUUGGAUAUAAACGAGGGGAAGGUAUCGAUGCAGGAGCGGGCGAGCCAGAAUGGAUUGUCAAUAAGGAGAGAGCCAAAUAUGAUAGUCUGUUCCAGGCGCUCGAGCCAACCGAUGGAAAAAUUACUGGUGCAGCUGCAAAAUCGGAAAUGGUGAAAUCCAGAUUACCAAAUAGCGUGCUUGGGAAAAUCUGGAAGUUAUCCGAUAUCGACAAAGAUGGAUUUUUGGAUUCCGACGAGUUUGCCUUAGCGAUGCAUUUAAUUAACGUAAAACUCGAAGGUUACGACCUUCCCACAGAAUUACCGGAACACUUGAUACCACCGUCGAAGCGAGGUGAAUAAUUUGCGAUUUUUGUUACAAGUGUCAACUUGCCGAUACGUUUGAUACAUGUUUAUCGCGUACAUUACGCGUUUGUAUUUAUUAAUUCGACAACAAGACAGUCGCAAACUCAUCGACAAAUGUUGUCACUUUUUUCAAAUGUGCGACAUAAUACACGACAUUCUCAAACUAUUCCGUCACCAAAUUACUGUGCAUCGCUUCGGGAUCUCUCUUCAUCUAGUAAACCAAAAACAACGAGAAAAAAAGAAACAAAACAGCCUUUGGUCUUUGAUUUAUUCCUCGCGGGACCUUUCAACGCUUUCAAGUUAUAUCACAGGCUUUCGAAAUAGAUUUCUCAUAUCGAAACAAUAUAUUUGGAUUUUUUCUUUUUAUUGGUAUCACAGUCUGUAUCAUUCUAUAUCUCUUAUGUGAGAUAAUCCACUUAAAAUUUUUACUCUUGUAUGUCAUCGAGAAUAAGACAUCUUUCACACGGGCAGCCGGUAUAGUCUAUCGUUACCCUUAUCGUAUUGGCUAAUACUAAAUAAAUGUUCAAGCGAUAACAGGAUAAAGUGAACAUUUUGGAUUAUGGUUAAAUUUUAUUUUUCGUUAAUUGAAAUCGUUGCAGUAAACUACCGGCGCGUACAUAGAUAUAUAAGAAACAAAGUUAAAGACUAUAAGUAUACGGAAUGUUAUACAUAUGUAUAAUACUCGGUUGAUUUGUUUAUAAUUCUCGUUUAUUAUUAGUACCUUGAUUAUCGAUAAUAUUAUCGAACGGUAUGUACAAAAUUCAAUGUUUACAUUCGUUAAAAAAAACACCCAACGAAAAAACAUCUUAAAACGACACAUAACUUCAUUGAAUACGAUAAUUACGCUACUCUGCAAUUUUUUGUUUGCUUAAAUUGUUUUCACUGUUAGCACCUGAGGUGAUAGUGGUAAUAUCUAUAUGGAAGGAAAGACGAUAACGCAGCAUAAUGACAAAAUGGCAAUAAAUAUAUUCUUAAAUUUAAAAAAAAGAUGUUAGCCAUGAAUUGUUUUGCACGAUUUGCUUUUUUUCAUGGCAUGUGCUUUCACAAAGUCAAACGUUUUGAUGUAAAUAUAAUUUUACUAUAACUUGUAAUAUUUUUACAAAGAAAAAGUAAUGGAAUGAAAAAUGAUGGCAAGAUGGAUAUUGAAUAAAUAGGAUUUGCAAUUAUUUAUAAUCAAGUAAUUUAACGCUACGAUUGAGAAACGAUUAGAUGGCGUGAAAUCACAUUGCAUUCUUUAGCACUGCCUUCGCAUAAUGCGUUUUUAUGUGAUAUUUAACAGAGGAAAUAUAUUCCUAUUCACUGUCA